UUUAUUUUUCUAAUUUUUUAUCUUUGGAAAUAUAAAAAAUUAAUCGGAAGUAAUUGUCUUUUUGAUGAGGAAUGCUAUGGCAUGAACACCGUAUGUCGAGAUGGACGAUGCACUUGUCCAACACAUUUUGAAGAAUUCGAUAUUGAUCCACAAACUACAGUUUGUCGAUUAGCACCAAGUAAAAUUGGAGAUUCAUGCCAACGUGACUGCAAGCCACCAUUAUUAUGCAGAGAUGGAAAAUGUGAAUGUUGGGGUGGAAGUAUUAUUAACGGAGUUUGCGUUGUGCCGUGUCCACUGGGUCAGCAACUUCAUGGAGUUGAAUGUCAAAAAGUGGCGCAUUGGGGUCAGCCAUGUGAAAAAGACACUCAAUGUAUUGAUGUUUUUAACCAAUGUGUUGGCGGUAUUUGUCAAUGUACUCCUGGCUCAUCAAGAGACUUAAUGAGACAAGCAUGUAUCGCAGUUUGUCCUGAUGGAACGUAUCCCAAGCAAACUUGCCGGCGCUUAUUUCUCAACGAUGUCGAUAUGCUUGAAAAUGCAGCUACAACUGAUAGUUGUCCACAAGGAUAUCGCUGUGUUACAUAUGGUAGUCCAUAUAUUGGGCACUGCUGCAGACUGAAAUGCCCGUAUGGAGAAGCCGAUCUUACACAAUCUUGCGACAAAGGUGCACCAGAAGAUCGACGAUGUCGACAGCUUACGCAUCAUUGUUAUACAGUAACGGAACCUGGUUGGAAGUCCAGCUUAUGCUGUCCGAAACCGUGUAGAGAUCCAACUCCGCUUUAUGUCGAUAAUAAAUGUUUAAGCAUCGCACAUAGAAAUGAUCCGUGCCAAAUCGAUCAACAAUGCGAAGGUGGUGUGACUAUGUCUUGUAUUUUGGCUACAUGUCAUUGUAAGAUCGGAUUUCAUGAGAAUAAUGAUGGUCGUUUUGCAACAUGCGAAAAGACAUGUAACAUUGGUGAAAUAGCGGUGAUGGAUAGAUGCUUACGCCAUGUUCAAUUAGGUGAGCGUUGUGUUGAUAAUAGGCAAUGCCCGAAUUUCUCCGAAUGUCGUUACGGAACUUGCCGUUGUAUUUGUGGUUAUAAACAGGAUUCUUUAAUAGGAGCACGUUGUACGAAUCCCGACGAUCCUUUCAGUUUGAAUGCGAUUUUAACAGGCGUUGAAGAAGUUUUGGGAGGACGAGCAACCGGUUAA